UCUUUGCUAACUGUUUACUGCUAGGUAGCCUCAAGAUUUUUCGACCCAUAUACACUGACAGCAUGGCUAUCUUAAAUGAUGGCAACGACACGUACGAGGUCCGUAUCAAGAGAUACCCAGAUGGCACGUACUUCGACGAGCAUAUCAAAGUCGAAGAGCGGGAGAAGCUAGGCGCAAGAAAAUGUACUCGUUACCUCGUUGGUGAAGCAGACAUGCGCUACACAAUUGAGUUUACGCUGCAUAAAGGCUUUGACUUUGGUACAUAUGAUCGCGCACAGGCACAGUUGUAUUUUCCCGGCAUAACGAGCUCCAUCUGUCACUUGGAUGUCUUCAAGCCUCUGGGUCUCGAGGGCCUGACCUCUGAAGAUAUUACGAAGAAACUUGAAUAUGCAGAUGUUAUUAUUGGUGGACGUAAAAUGCUGGGCACCCGGUUCGCAUUUCGUGGCCUUGCCGCCGAUGAAAACCUCAAAAGCUCGACUGAUAUCACAGGUAUUGACCCGCAGAAUUUGGGCUUUUUCGAAGUCAUUCUCCACAAGUUAAGAUGGGAGCAGAGACCUUUGUCUUCCUUGAAGCAUGGUAAGAAGGUUGCAAAAGCAAAACGGGCGCAAUUGAAGGCUGCUAUACCAGCUACAAUCAAGGAGUCAAAGAAGCCCUGGGAUGCCAAGAAGGUCGAUGAAGCCAGUUUCUCUAAAGAUGGAUUGACAUGUGCUGUUGGUUUCGUCGGCGGCAAACCAGAGAUGAGCCGAAAUCAGCAGUGCUUAAACCACCAUGGACUUCCUCAGUCACCAGGCCCAGCUGAAAUAGAGAUACCUCUGACCGAAAGUGUGGCAAUUACUGGCCCAUUUAUGGGCUUUUACUUUCGUUAUCGAAGCGCAGUUCAUUGA